AAAUUACCCUUGAUUGUGAAAUCGUGAGGUAGACUGGCAGCCCAAGUUUGUUUGACCUAUUGGGCUUUCCAUAGUAGCGGACGCCCUUUCCACACACACCAAUCCUAGUCCAGCAAAUUUUCACAUUGAACUGUGCUGCACCCACUCCGUCGUUUGUUAACUCUUUUCAUGCCGGUUAUGAGGACAGGGCUCUGACGCCGUUACCUAAGCCACAGAUGUUUGUUCAUAUCACAUCGCUUUACCUCACAACGGAAGGGAUGAUUUUCGGAUUAGAGAUCAGACAUUAGAUCACCCGAGAGACGCAGCGAGCACCGAGAGAGAGAAGACCCUCUCCCUGCCUGCGACUAUGGCGUCCGUCUACGGAACCCGGACCCUCAAUAAGAAUGAUGUCAACUACAAACAUUUUCGCAUGAUCAAUGAGCAGCAAGUGGAAGACAUUACCAUCGACUUCUUUUAUAGGCCUCACACGAUAACCCUAUUAACAUGUACCGUACUAAGUUUAAUGUACUUUGCCUUUACAAGGGAUGACGGCAAUCAGGAUAAUAACCUGUGGAUUGGCCUCAUCGUGGUCGUGUCGUUUUUCCUGGUCAUCAGCGUCCUUGCCUUCCCCAACGGCCCCUUCACCAGACCCCAUCCGGCAAUAUGGCGCAUCGUCUUUGGGUUGAGUGUCCUGUACUUCCUCUUCCUAGCCUUCAUAAUGUUCCUGAACUGGGGUCAGGUGAAGCAGCUCAUGUUCUGGUUCGACCCAAACCUGCGCUACGCAGCCCGAGAGGCCGACAUCAUGGAGUAUGCGGUGAACUGUCAUGUGAUCACGUGGGAGCGGAUCCUGAGCCACUUCGACAUCUUUGCCUUCAGCCAUUUCUGGGGGUGGGGCAUGAAAGCCCUACUCAUCCGCAGCUACGGCCUCUGUUGGACCAUCAGCAUCACCUGGGAACUCACGGAGCUGUUCUUCAUGCACCUGCUGCCUAACUUUGCGGAGUGCUGGUGGGAUCAGGUGAUUCUGGACAUCCUGCUGUGUAACGGCGGCGGGAUCUGGAUGGGCAUGACUGUGUGUCGCUUCCUGGAGAUGCGCACCUACCACUGGGCCAGCAUCAAGGACAUCCACAGCACUACGGGAAAGAUCAAGCGUGCUGCGCUACAGUUCACCCCCGCUAGCUGGACCUACGUUCGCUGGCUUGACCCCAAGUCCUCCUUCCAGCGUGUCGCGGGGGUCUACCUCUUCAUGAUCAUCUGGCAGCUGACAGAGUUGAACACCUUCUUCCUGAAGCACAUCUUUGUGUUUCCAGCCAAUCAUCCCCUCACAUGCGGACGCAUCCUUUUCAUCGGGGUCAUCACUGCACCGACCGUCCGGCAGUACUACGCCUACCUUACGGACACCCAGUGUAAGAGGGUGGGAACCCAGUGCUGGGUCUUUGGGGCUAUAGCGUUUAUGGAGGCGCUGGCGUGUGUGAAGUUUGGUCAGGAUCUCUUCUCCAAGACUCAGAUCCUCUAUGUCUUCCUCUGGCUUCUCUGUGUGGCGUUCAUCACCUUUGUGUGUUUGUACGCGAUGGUGUGGUAUGCAGAGAACUACGGUCCCCGCCAGAAGAGUUUUUCGGAGUGCGAGGAUAGCGGUUACACAGAAUCUGAUGACUGGCCAUCAGAGAGUUUGAAAGGAGAAUUUGAGGCUGAUGCGUGCUCAGCUUCUGUACGGCAGCGUUCCACCGGUUCUGAGCGGAAUAAGAGUGUUAACGGGGUGGACAAGUAGCGCUGUGGAGAGGGACCGGCGUCGCUAGCGGAGAUGGAGAGAACUAGAGGAGAGAAAAAAUGAAUGAAGGAGAGAUGAAGAGACUCUUUGCACAUUUAACCCUUUCCUGACCACACACACUCUCCUGACCACACACACUCUCCUGACCACGAACUGAGUGGACAAACCUGAGUGGACAAACCCACCGUGGAGAAACGGUAUCACCACACACACACACACACACACUAUACAUAUAUAUAUGUAUAUUUGGACAAACAUUGUACAGCUGUAGUAACAGUUACUUGCCAACAUGAACUGUAGAGCACAGUCUGUGAGUGUCUCUCACUCUCACUCACACACACACACAUACACAUGCAUUCACAGCAUAUCAGUUCUAAUCUGAAUAUCAAACAAGACAAGCAAACAUAUAUGGAGAAUGUAGCAGUGUUAACCCUCACACACACACACACACACACCAGCAAGCACAUACGGUGGGGAUAUAGCAGUGUUUCAGUACUUCACACUCACUCUCGUUUGCACAUGCACACACGCACACACACACACACACACACACACUGCCGAGGGGAUGGUGUGUAUUGAGACAUGUUCGCAAGGAAGCCUGUAGUUCAUGCGUCACACCACCCUGCAGUACUGUCUGUCUGUCUGUCUGUCUGUCUGUCUUUAUUGAGGGAGGAUGCAUGAUCACACAACCCUGGCUGGGUCAUUGUGUGUGUGUGUGUGUGUGUAACCAUGGUGACCGCCCAGAGGGAGCAACAUAGAGCUGCUAUUGUUUUCUUGUGUUUUCUUUUCUUUUCUUUUGUUUACUGUAAAUAUCACCCUCUGUGUGUUACAGACUACUACUGUGUGUUCGGGCAUCACACCAAGAGGUGUGUGUGUGUGUUGAAGUCGAUCCUCUUGCCUUGUUUUGCCCAGCUGGUGCCCCCUGGUGGCCAGUAUUGAAGUGUCCUGCGUUGCGUUGUGUUCCGUUGCGUUCUCUCCUUCUGUCAUGUGUUAUUUGAAGUUGAUGCCUGCAUGCCUUUUACCUGGGUCAGCUGUAGGACUCAACCUGCGUUACCUGUAGGAGUCUCUACCUGUUGGACUGACAGUGUAGGAGCCUCACCUGUAGGAGUCCUUCUGCCUGUUGUUGUUCUUACUAACUAUGGAUUGUAUCAUUUCAGUCUCUUAUCCACAGAGUCGGUGUUCAUAUCCCAAACACACACACACACACACACACACACACACACACACACACACACACACACACACACACUCUCACACUCUAUGCACAAUUCACAUACACCAUAUACACAUUACAUACAGACCACACACACACAGCACAUAGAGCAUACAUACACACACACUCCAGGCACACACACACACACACACACACACACACACACACACACACACACACACACACACACACUCCAGGCCUGUCUGCCAAACUGUGUUACUGAAAUAUUUGUGUGUGUGUGUCUGUUUUAUUUUCUCUUUGUGAAGGAGGAUGUAUUAAAGCACUGUACUUGUCUUCCUGUAA